CGGCCGCUGUUGCUUCCUGUUCGUUCUCUCUCAACUCAGGCCCUUUCCCAUCGCCUUGAGGUUAGGAUGUCUUCGUCUUCCUCCUCUUCUCUUUCAACCUCUACCUCCUCUUCCGAACGCCCCGGGGUCAGGCAUUUGUCUCCGGGGAGUGUCCCCCUAGAAGUGGGAGGGAGUUCCGCCCUGCUUGAGAAGUUCAAGCAGUGGCAUGACGUGGACUCGGUGGUGACGGAGGAGUUUCUGGGGGAGCUCCGGGCUCGCUACUGGAUCCCGGGGGGUUACACCCUGUCCGCCCCCCGUCCGGGCCAGCGCCCGUAUGACCAGUUUCCGCAGGGAUUUGGUCUGACGGCGGGCGCCCUCGAGGCGGGGUUACGUUUUCCGUUCCAUCCCAUGAUCGAGGACUGUCUCCGUAAGUGGGGUAUAUCGCCAUCUCAGAUGGCGCCAAAUUCGUGGCGCUAUUUGGUCGUCUUCCUUGGAGAGUGUCGAGCGGCCGGGAUUGAACCGUCCAGGGAUCUAUUUCUGGCUUGCUUUCGACUGUGUCGGGGUCGGGGCGGCUAUUACCUGGCCGCGCGUAGCGGGUUCAAGAUCGGCGGGGCCCCCUCCAACAAUAAAGGUUGGAAGAGCCGCUUCUUCUUCGUCAGUUGCAGUCGGGGAUGGGGCUUCAGCACCGGGUGGACCUCCCGCUCUGUCGACAACGUCCUCCCGUUGCUUUCUGGCAGGGAGUCGGCGGAUGUGGAUCGUCUGAGGGGCAUUCUGUCUUCUUCUCGGGCAAUCGGAGAGAUGACCGAGGAGUGGCUGGCCACCGCAGGGCUGAGCCCGGCUGCCGGGGAGAUGGUGGAUCUUCAAUCUGUGAAGAAGGCGUCUCAAGGACGAUCCAGGGUGGCCGCGCCUCGGGGCGACGACGAUUCGGGAGUCGUCCUGAAAAGGGGGGCAUCAGAGGGUGGCCCGGGCUCUCCGGACGUGAGGUGUCCGACCAAGAAACUGAAGACCGCGGUCAGGAAGGUGUCCGCGAGGUCGGCUGCUCGCGAGCGCAAUCCGGCGAGAGGCGUUCCGCCGGGCGAGGCUUCGGGGGCUGCCAUAGGCAAGGAGGCGGCCGGGUCGGCCGGAGGGGAUCCCGCCCCAGGGGCUUCUCUGCGCCUGAAGUCGAUGCGGGACUUGUGCCGCGUCGGUGGGUCAGCCGGCGAAGAGUACCGGACUCCGGGCAUGACCUGCCUUCCUACGGGAGCGGAGGGAACUCCCUAUGUUCCUCGGUGGUCCGCUCUUAGGGCGGACAGCCGUGUAUGGGCCGAUGGAGCGAUGGCCCAGGAGUUCAUCCUGGGCGCCCUGCACCCACUGCUGGCCAAGGAGCUUUACGGCCUGACCUCGGAAGCCUUGGCAGAUCGGGCGGCCAAGUCUUUGGUCUGGGGCCAACAUUACGCCAUGGCUCUGCUUGACCGGGCCCUCGACGCUGGGAGGAUGGUCGAGUGUCAAUCGAGCGCCUUCGCCGCGCUGCGCCUCGAGAACGUAGAGCUGAGGCGGUCGUCCGGCCCGGAGGUUGUAGCGGCCGCCGAGCGACGCGCCUCGGCCUUGGAGGAGGAGGUGAGGCGCCUGAAGGCCGAGCUGGAGGAAAGCCAGGCUCGGGCCCGCACGCUGGACGACGAACGGCAGACGCUCUCAAACGACAUCGAGUCUGCUCGAUCUGCGGCCUGGGCGGCUGAGGAAGCCCUGAAGGAAGAGCAGCGAGCACUGCCCGAGCGGCUGGAGAGGGCGGUCGUCGAGUAUAAGGCCUCGGCGAGUUUUGAGCGCGGCCUGGUAAGGUCGGGGCGGGUGACGUAUGAAUUCGGGUACCGGGUGGUCUGCGCUCGCGCCCGAUCGACCCAUCCAGAGUGGGAGCUGGAGGCGGACCCUUUUGCCGACCACCCUGCGGAUGAUGGCGUGAACAUGCCGGCGAGCGUCCCUUUUGAUGACGGGCCCGAGACGCCCCCUCCGAGUUGACUUGUAUUUUAUUUUCUGCUUUUUGUCGGGUCGGCCUUUGGUCUCUGUAUCGCCUACCUAUUUAUUGUACAGAUCUUUUGUAUUGGAGGUAGUCCAUUCUAACUAUUGUCACAUGGGUCCCUUAUAAUGUAUACCCUCGUUUUGAUC